AUGGGUGAUGACUGUGAAAAUACUCAAACUCAAACACAAAAUUCACAGGUGGAAUGGAGCCAAACGAAUACUCCGUCUUUUAUACCUAAUAUAUGGGGUAGGCUAUACUUAACCAAAGUCACCUCAUCUGGAAAACAUUGUUGGAGAAAUAUACAACACCCUGAGUAUUAUGAUCUAAUUCAACCAGAAUUCACUCUCGGAAGGGCUCUAACAAGCACUUUUGUUAUGAAAACAGAUAUCAUUAAAGAAAAUAUAAUAAAAAAUGUCAGCAAACAACAUUUUGUUAUAAGAAGAGACCUAUCAGAAACCUUGAGUCCUGCUAUUAUUACAGACUUAUCACAUAAUGGUACAUUUAUUAAUGGUGAAAAAAUUGGCAAAGGCAAUAGUAGGGUUCUAGAUGACAAUGAUGUAAUAUCUGUUACACACUGUAUUGUAAAAAUAUUUUUAUUCAAAGAUCUGCUGAAAAAUGAACAAGAUAAAGUGCCUAAAGAUGUAUCUCAAAAGUAUUAUAUCUCAAGGGUGCUAGGACAAGGAGCCUGUGGAAUUGUUAAACUAGUUUAUAACAAAAUGAAAUGUAGUAAACAUGCCAUGAAAGUUAUAAAGAAAAAUAGGAUAAGCAAUGGAGAAAUAAAUCAUUUGAAUGACCCUGCAAAGAUAAUGAAUGAAGUUAAUAUUAUGAAAACCCUGCGACAUCCUUGUAUAAUCUCAACAGAAGAAGUAUUUGAUUCUCAAAAUGCAGUUUACAUAGUGUUGGAACUAAUGCAAGGCGGAGAGCUGUUCGAUAGAAUCACAAAGCAAGGAAAGUUGUCCGAGAGGCUAACUAGGUUCCUGUUUAGACAAAUGGUGCUAGCUGUCAAAUAUCUUCAUUCUCAGGGUAUCACACACAGAGACCUUAAACCUGAAAAUGUGCUAUUAGAGAGUACAGAAGAUGAAACGCUUGUGAAAAUCACUGAUUUUGGCCUCAGCAAGUUUGUAGGCGAAGACAGCUUUAUGAAGACUAUGUGCGGCACUCCCUUGUACUUAGCGCCAGAGGUGCUCAUAGCUAAUGGGCAGUACACCUAUGGUCCCGAAGUUGAUGUAUGGAGUUUGGGUGUCAUAUUAUUUGUUUGCCUGGUGGGGUACCUACCGUUCUCGUCGGACUACAAGGAGCGGUCGCUGCGCGCGCAGAUCGUGUCGGGCGCGUACCGCAUGUCGGCGUCGCACUGGCGCGGCGUGUCGGCGGCGGCGCGGCGGCUGGUGGCGCGCAUGCUCGCCGUGCGCCCCGCGCAGCGCAUCACGCUCGACCUCAUACUGGCGCACGAGUGGAUGCAGGAUUCAGACGUGAUAAUAAGAAUUGAUAAAUUACUAUCGAGAGCGCAGUUCAUGGAAAGUCCAGACAUUGUAUCGAAUGAAUCAGUAGAAGAGAAUAACAAUAAUAAGAAAAAUGUGACCGUCCUGAAAGUGGUUGCGUCUGGGAAGAGAGCGUUGAGCGAUAGUUACAAUUCAUGCGAGCCGGUCCCGAAGAAAUUACGAGUUGAUCUCGAGAGUAAUGAUACAAGCUCCAACAAUAGUUGCUGCUUAGACGAA